UUUCACCUAUAUAUUCUAACUAUAAAUUUUAUUUCAGUUAAUUGUCCAACUUGGCAACCUUUUCAAUGCCCAAAUGGUGAUUGUGUCCCAAUAAAGUACCUCUGUGAUGGUUCGCCAGAUUGCGAAGAUGAAUAUGAUGAGAACAGAAGUAUGUGCACAGCUGCAACAAGACCACCUGUUGAAGAAACAGCAGCAUUUCUGAAAGCUCUGCUUCAUGCUCAUGGUGAUGACUUUCUCGUUAAAGUUUUUGGACCUAAAGGAAGAAAUCGUUUAGAAGGCAUGGGCGGUGUCGACAAAGUCGCAGUCGCGUUAUCAGAAUCUCCAACAGUUGAUGUAUUCGGUAGCGAAAUGGGUUUGUCGCGAAGCGAAAUCGAAAAAAUGACAAUGCUUAUGGCUGAGAUCGUGCUAGGCUCGAACUCUGGUCUAACGCUAAAUGAAGCAGCAGAUUUCCGCUUCUUUGUUCAAAAACUUCAAGAAACCGGCUUUUUCUGA